AUGGCCUCCUUCUUCCGUCAGGUGGGCCGAAUAAACGGCCGCUUGCAGGUUGCUGCCAUGCCAAUUUCCAAUGUUGCUGUCAGACAUGAUACGAUGCAUCCAUUUUAUCAGUAUGAUAAUGAACAGGAUGGCGAUAAUGCCGUCCAGUGGCUCUUCGGCCGGGACGAUGAGGAAGAGGCUGUCGACCACGAUGAACAAAACAAUGUGAUCUACAUGAGGAACUGCCCAUCAUGCAUACGGAGUGCGUACUACUACAUCUACCGCCAUACUUUGUAG